GCCGCUGGCCGUUACCGUGGGAGCCGCAUCCCCGGCGGGCGGUGAUUGGGCGGCUCGAACGGGGCUGCGCGCUGAUUGGCGGGGGGGCCGCACGGGGACACAUUCAAACGGGGCGCGGGAGCGGGCAGGGCCGCGCGGGACCAUCGUGCCGGGGAGCGACUGGGACGGGGACCGAGCCGCUGCUGCACCGGGGUGUCCGGGAUCAGGCCGCCACCGCAACCGGGUAGUGUCCUCGCCACCCUAAGGGAGCCCUAAGCACCCCCGCACCGCACCGGGGAGUUCCGCUAGGAGAGCCCGCACCACUGCGCGGCACCGGGAGAGCCGCAGCGGGGCCCGAGUUCUGCCCCGAGCGCAGGAAGGAGGAACCGGGCAGAGCCUGGUGCGGCGCCGCCCGGGAGGGGGAGCCGCGUCCAGCCCGUGAUCCACCGGCGGCGGAGGCGGGUGCGCCGGUCGGUGCCCCCGGAGCCGCCAUGGCCUCGCAGAACGCCGACCCCGCCGCCGUGUCCAGCGCAGCCGCUCGCAAAGCGGCCGAAACGGGGGCCACGCCGGCCCGCGGUGCGGUGGGGAAGAGGCUGCAGCAGGAGCUGAUGGCGCUGAUGAUGUCCGGUGACAAAGGCAUUUCCGCCUUCCCCGAGUCCGACAACUUGUUCAAGUGGAUUGGGACCAUUGACGGCGCCGCCGGCACGCCCUACGAGGAGCUGCGGUACAAGCUGUCGCUGGAGUUCCCCAGCGGGUACCCCUACACGGCGCCCACCGUGCGGUUCCUGACCCCCUGCUACCACCCCAACGUCGACACCCAGGGCAACAUCUGCCUCGACAUCCUCAAGGAAAAGUGGUCAGCGCUCUACGACGUCCGCACCAUCCUGCUCUCCGUCCAGAGCCUGCUGGCAGAGCCGAACAUCGAGAGCCCCCUGAACACACACGCAGCCGAGCUCUGGAAGAACCAAGUCGCCUACAAGAAGUACGUGAGGGAGACGUACAACAAGCAGGCCAAGGGCCAGGAGACCUGACCAUCACCACUGCCCCCCACCAUACCCUCCCCUGCCCGCCGCCCCCCGCAUUCUGUAUCAUAGGCUGUUUUUAAAUUAAUGUCGCAGUCCGAGCCACGGUUAAUGUAUAAAUAAAUGCACAUUUAUGACUUC